AUGCAUGGGACUGCUGAAAUCUACGCCAACUCACCCCGCUUCCGGCGGCGGUCGAGUACCUUUGUUGAUGCCAUCCACGACCUGCCCCAGAAGGAGGAGAUGGCCCCAGCCCAGCUUUACAGCACAGAAUCAGGUCGACUUUUCCACUCUGGGCGUAUUGUGAUUGCUACCGUCGGCCUGCCCGCCCGAGGUAAGACACACACAUCGGUCGCCGUUGCUCGCUACCUACGAUGGCUGGGUGUCAAGACUCACGUGUUUCACUUGGGCGACUAUCGUCGCGCAACGCUUGGCCCUGGCAAAGAUGUCCCCGAUGACUACUUCUUCUUGAAUGCAUCUCCACAGUCGGUUUUACUGCGGAAUAAGAUCCUUAAGAAGUGCCGCGAGGACAUUUACCAUUUCCUCGAGCACGACAAGGGCCAGGUCGCUAUCUACGAUGCGGUCAAUGCCAUCUCCAUGGGCCGGAAGUCGCUAGCAAAAGAAUUUGCCAAAAACGGUAUCCAGACCAUCUUCAUUGAAUCACACUGCACCGAUGAGCGUAUCAUUCAGGAGAACGUGCGUCGCGUCAAGAUCUCAUCACCUGACUAUCAAGGAUGGACCGAUGAGGACGCCGUUCAAGACUAUCUCGCCCGUAUCAAUUCCAGGAUACCGCACUUUGAGACGAUGGAAGAACCAGAGCUACACUGGAUCAAGAUGAUCAAUGCCGGCGAACGUGUGGUGGUGAACAGUUGCGCGUUUGGAUACUUGUCACAACGAAUCGUCUUCUAUCUUCUCAACCUGCACAUUAAGUCACGGCAGACGUACUUCGCUCGCGCCGGGACUACACGAGACGAAGACUCGUACAAAGCCGACGCGUCGUUGUCUCCUGAGGGCCGUGACUACGCGAAGAAGAUGAGCGAGGUGCUGAUGAAAUAUCGCGAGGAAGAGAAGGAGAAUUUGAUCGCCCAAGGCGCGCGGGAUGCUGCUCUGAAACCACUCACCAUAUGGACUUCGACCCGCCGUCGAACCGUUCAAACUUCAGAAUACCUAGCAUCAAAGGGAUACCGCGUGAGACAGCGAUCGCAGAUGAGCCAGAUGAACCCAGGCGUGUGCGAAAAGAUGUCCGAAGCCAAGAUCCGCCAGGAGCUCCCCGACGAGGUAGCCAAGCACGAGCAAGACCCGUAUCAUCAUCGAUAUCCGCGAGCAGAGUCAUAUCAUGACCUUGCAGUACGCAUGGAGCCUAUCAUUCUCGAACUUGAGCGGGAAGAGAACGAUCUUCUCAUUAUUGCGCACGAAUCGGUAUUGCGAGUGCUUUACGGCUACCUUAUGGCUUGUAAUGCUGCUGACAUUCCUAAACUCGAAUUUCCGCGAGACGAAAUUAUAGAGAUCAUCCCCUCCAGCUACAACAACGUCGCCAAGCGCAUAAAGAUACCUGACCUCCCCGAAAGCAUGGUUCCCCCCAGCCCCGAAGAUAUCCAAAUGCCCGUCCCGCCCAGCGGAGCUGUAAGUCCCUUCUCCGGCAUUGGCACACCACAAGCCGGCUCUGGAACCGCUACACCGCAAUUGACCGCACCCCAACCCCUUAACUUGAGGAAGUCACAUAUCAGCCCGUCCGACUGA